AUGGUUUACGAAAAAGUCAACAAUCCUCAAGUUUGGGAUAUUUUUUUUGAAAAUGCAGACUAAAAUAAGUACUCUAUUUACUAUCACGCAAAGAAAGUCGAUAUUGAAAAAAGUUUAAAUAUAAAAAGUAAAAAUUAACACAUAAAAAUACCCGAAAUACUAACUUAAUGGGGUGAUAUAAGUCUCUGGCUUGUAAUGAAUUCUUUAAUUGGCUACUCAUUUUCUGAUUUUAAAAAUCAUCGAUUUGUAUUUGUAAGCCAAUCAUGCAUUCCUUUAUAUAAUUUUGAUGAAAUUUAUGAAAUGGUAUUUAAGGAGGAUAAUUCUCGUAUAUUAUUCUCAGAUAAAAAUGAAAUUUUUCCUAAAUACAAUCAUUUAGAAUAGCUCUUUGAGAGAUCUUAGAUAGUAAAACAUCAUUAGUGGAUCAUUUUAACAAGGAAGCAUGUAUCUGUAUUACUAAGACAGAGACAUAGGUGGGAAUAUUUACUUUUGUCUCUAAAUAAAAAAAUAACUUAGAAGUGGAUUCCAGAUGAAGCUUUAUUUGGCACUUUACUAAAUCAUUUUGGCCAGCAAGAAGAAAUUUCCAAUAAAUGCGUUACUUAUGCUGAUUGGACUAAUAAAUCAUAUUUAGCUUCAUAUGAUUUAGUCGAUAAAAAUCUUAUAAAAAAGGCUAGAGACUAAGGUUGCCUUUUUCUCAGGAAAACAAAGCCUUAAACUAAAAUCAAUGAAGAUGUUUUGGAAAUUUUUAAAUAACAAGAUUAUUUCAUCAAUUCACAGUGUUGGGUUUGA